GACUAUUGCAUUUCCAAACCGUGCGCCAAUAAUGGGACCUGUAUUAAUAACAGCAACGGAUAUAAUUGUACGUGUAUGACGGAAUGGACUGGGUUUAAUUGUUCAGAUGUCUUAAUAGACCAUUGCAUUUCAAAGCCUUGUGCCAAUAGUGGGAUCUGCAUUAACGACGGUAACGGUUAUAAUUGUACCUGUAUGACAGGAUGGACAGGACUAAAUUGUUCGGAAGCUGUGAACUAUUGUGGUUCCAAUCCGUGUAAUAUCAAUGGAUCGUGUAUUAGCAACAAUAACGGAUAUAAUUGUACUUGCAUGUCCGGAUGGACGGGUAUCAAUUGUUCAAAUGAAAUUAUAGAUUAUUGCGAUUCAAAUCCAUGCAAUAAUGGUACCUGCUUUAGUAAUAGCAAUGGAUUUAAUUGCACCUGUAUGCCUGGAUGGACUGGUAGUAAUUGCACUCAAGUUAAUUACUGUGAUCCUAACCCGUGCCAAAAUGGGGCACAGUGUACGAAUAAUUUACAAGGAUACAAUUGCAAUUGUUCUACAGAAUGGAAAGGCUUCAAUUGCUCACAAUGUAAUGGGUGA